AUGGCUAUGAAUUUGAAAUUUCUUAUUCCUAACAUGUCAAAAUUGGAACCUCUGGAUGGAAAGAAUUAUAAACGUUGGGCUGUUAGGAUGAAAUUUUAUUUGGAACAAAUUGAUGUUGCGUAUGUUAUUUAUGAUGUUGUGAAACUUGAUGAUGAAUCUGAAUUGCAUGAUUUUGAGGUGAAGUUUGCUAAGGAUGAUAGAACCUAUAAGGGAAUAUUGUUGCAUCACAUGUCGAAUGCUUUGCUUGAUAUUUAUAUGGGUUAUAAUCAUGCUAGGGAUAUUUGGGAUGGUUUAGCUAAAAAGUAUGGAACUGAUGAUGCUGGUACUAAACGUUAUUGUGUUAGUAAGUGGUUAGAUUUUCAAGUUGAGGAUGAUAAACCAAUUAUUGAUCAGAUUAAUGAUUAUGAGAAUAUUUGCAUUGCUAAGGCUGUCGAGGGUUUGGGUAUUUGUGAUAUAACCCUUGCUAUUGUUUUAAUUGAGAAACUGCCACCUUCAUGGAAGGAUUUUAGAAACCAAUUAAUGCAUAAGAAGAAAGACCUUACCUUAGAGGAACUCGUAGUCGUAGGUCACCUGAAAAUUGAGGAGGAGAACCGUAUUAUGGAUAAGGGCCAAUCUGUGUUUUCUGGUUCUGCAAAAGCUAAUCUUGUUGAACCUAAGGGUAACUUUGAUUCUUAUAAGUUUAAGGGGAAGGGCAGUCCAUUAAAGCCACAAGGGAAAACAAGGAUAAUGGUAUCAUCAAUUGCCGUCGCCUAG